AAAAUCUUGCGCACAGUGUGCGUGUCUCAUUGUCAGACAAUUUACUAAUUAAGUGUUUUCAUUUAUUAAACAAAAACUUUAAAAACAGUUAAGACAGUUGGUAUUAUAAUAAUGUAAUUAGCAAUUUUACGCUUCUCCUUUCUGACAUCAUAAACAAAUCAAUAACAAUCAAGUUUAGAAAAUAUUUUAUCAAAACAAAAACUGCAACAACUCUCUAACCAGAAACGUUAUCUUCUUGAAUAACUAAUCCGAAGAUUCCUGUCGCGAUGGAGCCGUCUACUUUACUCCUGGCUAUUUUGACAGCGAGUAUUUGCUUAUAUUAUUUUAUUUUAAGCAAGUUAUCUUAUUUUGAGCGAUUGAAGAUCCCUCAUGUGCGACCAAUUCCAUUGUUCGGUAACAUGGCACCUUUUAUUUUUCGACGCGAGUGCUUUGCGGAUCUCUUACAAAGAAUUUACAACCUCUUCCCGGACACAAAAUACUUCGGCUUUUAUGAAUUUCUAACACCGACCUACGUUAUCCGUGAUCCAGACUUGAUUUCCACAAUUGCUAUCAAACAGUUCGACAACUUCUGUGAUCACCGUGGCUUUGCCAACAAAAUUCUUGAUCCGAUAACUAGUCAAAAUCUGUUUGAAAUGAAAGGAGAUCAUUGGCGCGAAAUGCGAAAGCUUCUUAGUCCCAGUUUCACAUCCAGCAAGAUGAAGAUGAUGUUCAGACUUAUGUGUCACUGUGCCGAGAACUUCGUCAAUUUUGUAGCAACGCAAUCCGGAGAAAUCAGCAAGACAUAUGAUAUAAAAGAUCUACUUUGCAGGAAGGCAAUGAAUUUUGAGGGCAUCCUAUCCCUCAAGUUCUUAAUGAACAGAAGUUUUCCGCUACUUUGCAAACUCCUCAAACUGAGAUUAUUUGGUCCAGAAGUAGAAAUUUUUUUUAGAGACGUUGUUUCUGGCACGGUAAAAGUCAGGGAUGAGCAGGGAAUUGUUCGCCCGGAUAUGAUUCAGUUGAUGAUGGAAACCAGGAACAAAGAUAGCGGACCUGAAAUCAACAUUGACUAUAUGACCGCCCAGGCGUUCGUUUUCUUUGCCGCUGGAUUCGAUUCUGUUUCAACAGCUAUGUGUUUCAUGAUGCACCACGUCGGUCUCUAUCCCGAUGUUCAGAGAAAAUUGAAAGAAGAAAUCGAUGAUGUUCUCAGACAGACUAACGGCAAACCUACUUUCGAGGCCAUUAAUUGCAUGAAAUAUUUAAACGCCGUGGUAAACGAGUCUCUCAGACUGUAUCCAAUAGCACCUUUUCUGGACAGAAUAUGCGUCAAAGAAACCAAAUUACCACCAGCAACUCAAGAUGGCGAACCGAUCACGAUAAAGCCUGGAGAUAGUAUAUGGUUUCCGAGUUUCUCUCUGCAUCGUGAUCCAAAGUACUAUCCACAUCCAGAGAAGUUCGAUCCAGACAGAUUCCUUAAUGGCAAUGUAGACAACUCGAUCUAUAUGCCAUUUGGUAUCGGACCCAGAAUCUGCAUAGGUAAUAGGUUCGCCCUAAUGGAAUCAAAAAUCAUGCUGUUUUACUUGCUUUGGCGCUGCGAUGUCGAACUCGACGUUAAAACUAGAAUUCCUAUGGUACUGAAGAAAUCAUUCGCCAUGGUGCCGGACGGUGGUUUUUGGUUAAAGUUGCGAGCGAGGAAAUCGAAGGCUCCUUUUACACAAUGCUUUGUGAAUGGACAGAAUUGAAGAACAGUAAUGAAGCACAUUUAAAAUUUAUUUUAAGUAUGAAAUUAAAUGUAAGUUGACAUUUUAAAUUAUAGCGAGAAUCUAAUCU